CUCAACGAUAAUAUCGUAUCUGUUUCCUUAUUUGUUCUCUCUCUCUCUCUUAUUAGAAAUUAGACACUACUAGACUUGUAGAAAUGCAAGGGCUUGUCUUGUUGUCGGUGCUCCUUUGCGCCACCUACCAUAUCGCUCUUUCCGCGACCAACGUUACGGUGGCGGACGGGCUGUUAGAUAAUGGUAACUUUGAGCAAGCCCCAAAUGCCUCAAACAUGAAGGGCACGGUUGUUGUGGGGCGUUAUGCAAUACCAGGAUGGGUAAACGAAGGGUUUGUGGAAUACAUAAAGUCCGGGCAAAAGCAAGGGGACAUGUUGCUGGUGGUGCCUGAGGGAGCCUAUGCAGUCAGGUUGGGGAACGAGGCUUCAAUCAAGCAGGAGAUAAAGGUGGUGAAAGGGAUGUAUUACUCCAUCACCUUCAGUGCGGCCCGUACUUGUGCUCAAGAGGAGCGUUUGAACGUGACGGUAGCACCCGAUUCCGGUGUGAUGCCCAUCCAGACAGUGUAUAGCAGCAGCGGUUGGGACAACUAUGCUUGGGCAUUCAAAACACAAUCUGAUGCGGUCAUGUUGAUUAUUCACAAUCCUGGAGUGGAGGAGGAUCCUGCUUGUGGACCACUCAUCGAUGCGGUAGCUAUCAAGGCUUUAUAUCCUCCCAGACCCACCAACAAGAACAUAAUGAAAAAUGGUGGUUUUGAAGAAGGUCCUUAUAUAUUCCCCAACACUCCAUGGGGUGUCCUAAUCCCACCCAACAUUGAGGAUGAUAAUUCUCCUCUCCCUGCCUGGGUAGUCGAAUCCCUCAAGGCCGUCAAGUACAUCGAUUCAGCCCAUUACUUCAUGCCUCAAGGCCGAAGAGCCGUGGAGCUAGUUGGUGGAAAAGAGAGUGCAAUCGCUCAAAUAACAAGAACCAUUGUUGGCAAGACAUACAGGCUCUCCUUCUCGGUGGGCGAUGCUAACAACUCCUGUGCAGGUUCUUUGGUCGUCGAGGCAUUCGCCGGUAAAGCCACACUCAAAGUCCCAUACGAAUCUAAAGGGACUGGUGGAUUCAAGCGAGCUGCACUUAGAUUCGUGGCUGUUUCCAACAGGACAAGAAUUAUGUUCCUUAGCACGUUCUACACCAUGAGAAGUGAUGACUUUUCUUCUCUAUGCGGUCCUGUUGUUGACGAUGUGAAGCUUUUGAGUAUUCGUAACCCUUGAUCAUCACCGACCUUGUUCGGGGCUGUUGAUGAUCCAUUGUUGGACGUGGUCUAUCAACAUUUUGUCUUCCUGAGGAUGAUUUUUUUUUUUUUUUGGUUCUUUGUGGGCUUGGAAAAUCAAAGGUUUUCGUGUGAGCUAAAGCUAUAUGUUGUGGGGAAAAAAGAACCUAGGCUAUAUAUUAAUCCAACAAAAUAAAGUAUAUACAUAUAUAUAUAGACUAAUAUCAGGGAGUAUACUAGUGUGAUUUUAUUACGUGUUUAAUUAUGAAUUAUACCAUAAUAAAUGCGAAAAUAUUGGGUUCUCACUUUCA